CUUGCGACACCCUACUGACCUUCUGCUUUCGGAUUAAUGAAGUGGAUUCUCUUAUGUUCAUAGAUAAGAGCUCAGCUCUGUAAACUCUCAGGCUGCUGGGCACGUCAAGAGACCUCGAAGUUGCCCUUGGUCACACUGGCCUGAUGUUUGCCGUAGACUUUCUUCUUGGGUACAUUCCAACGAGUCCACGCCUGGCUGCCCCAUCUGGCAGGAGAUUCUCGGUGGUGCUUCUUCAUGGGCAGAUGGCGUUUGAAGAGUUCUAACCUAGCAAACAAACGCCUCUUUAGCUGGUGUGUGGGGUUAGGCUGCUGGAGGUGGGGAUGACUCUGCAUUUUGUGGUGGCUGCAUAUAAAUCUCCGGGUGGACCCUGGAGGGAGACCUAUGGCUUGCGAGAAGGUGUGAGGUAGAAAUGGCCAAGGGGAAGCUAGCUAGUUUCGCUGCCAUCCUGCUCUGCUACUUCUCCCUGUCAGAAGGCAGGACUUCGGGGUACCAACUGGGGUCUGAUGGCGCCUCCCAGUGCGAGCAGCAGAGAAGGGAGGGGGCAGCCCAGUCCAGGGACUACGUCCCCCAGUGUUCUGAGGACGGCCGGUACAGGCAUUUGCAGUGCAGCAAGGGGGGCAGCCAGUGCUGGUGUGUGGAUGGAGAGGGAACCGAGGUUCCCGGCAGCAGACAGAACGGCUCAUCUGUCUAUUGUCUGACAUCGUGCCAGCUUCUGAGGCAGAAGGCUCUCCUGAGUAGCGAUUCACGCACGGCGCCCAUGUGCUCAGACUUGGGGGAGUUCUUGCCUAUACAGUGUGACCGCGUGCUCGGCCAGUGCUGGUGUGUUGACCCGGAGGGUAUGGAGAUCUAUGGAACACGGCAGAAUGGGGAACCCUCUCGCUGUCCGGAAAACUGUGAGGUCAGGGACUGGCACAUCCUCCACGGAGUUGGAGAGCAAUCUCCUCCUCAGUGUUCAGCGGAUGGGAACUUUCUUCCGGUCCAAUGCAAGUUCAUCAACACCACAGAUAUGAAGGUUGCUGAUCUCCUGCAUGCCUUCAGCAGAUUCACAGCGGCAUUUCAGACCUUCAGUGGCUUCAGAAGAUUGUUUCCAGAGAUUUCCAGUUACUGCUUCUGCGUGGACAGUCGCGGUAGGGAGCUGGCUAAUACAGGCGUGGAGCUCCUGCUGGAUGAGGUAUAUGACACAGCGUUCUCCACAAUGGAGUCCACGCGCUCAUUUGCUCAAUCCAACAUGUACCGCAUCCUGCAAAGGCGAUUCCUGGGGGUUCAGCUGCUCAUGAGUGGGCGGUUUCGAUGUCUUACUAAAUGCGAGAGUGAGCGAUCUUCUUCUUUGAGAGCGGGGAAUGUGUUUGUGCCAGCCUGCGACGCAAACGGCGCUUACAAGUCCACACAGUGCCAGGCCGGCGGGCAGUGCUGGUGCGUGGACUCCGAGGGGAAUGAGCUUGUCGGCAUGCGGCGCCUCCGGGGGCCUCUGGACUGCAGAAAUGCAGUUAAAGACUGUCCCUCGGAGAGACGGCUGGCCCUCUCCAGGGUAUUCUCCGGUCUCUCUGGUCCCUUCAGCCAACAAAACAAGCUGUCAAUUAAAGGGCCCAGUGCCUCUCUGCCUCUUAGCCUGUGUAACCCAGAAGUGCAGGAGCUGUUUGCCAAGUCUGGCCUGCUGCUCUCUGUUCCCGACACAGAGAGAUCUGACUUUGGAGAUGUUCUCGCUGAGGUCAUCCAGGGUUUGUUCCCCUCUGGGGCAAAGGCCCUUAAAGCUUUGAGUCUGACUGCUAAUCCAAAGAGACUGCAGGAAAAUCUGUUUGGGGGAAAGUUUCUGAAAAAUGUUGGGAAUUUUAACUUCACUGCUGCUGUUGGAAGUAGAGGCACUUUUAAUUUCAGACAGUUGUUCACCCAAGUUGGCCUCAUGCAGGCCAGUGAAGAUCUCCUCCAGCUGGCGAAGAUCUUCUCCCCACAGAUGGUCGUUAGGACUGACAGUGUGAUUUUAGACCAGGAUAUCCAAGAUUCUUUUGGCCGGUCAAUAAAUUUGAGGAGCAACCAGAAUUUUAUGAAGCUUUUAGGACAGAUGCUGGAGAGCGAGCAGUUCCUUAACACUUUGCGAGAUGCCAUCGUACUGUCAAAGGCAGAAGACAGCACAGAGGUGGGAAGCAUUUUCCGCGCUGCUUUCCAGACUUCCCAGUCUGGGUCCUGUGAGAGGGACCCCUCUACUGCAUACAUACCGACCUGCACGGACUCAGGACUCUACCAGGAGGUGCAGUGUCAGGCUCAGGAGUGCUGGUGUGUCGACUCCCAUGGGACGGAGGUGCCAGGCUCGCGCUCCUCAGGACGGAGGCCCCGGUGCCCCUCUCAGUGCGAGAGAGAGAGAGAGACAGCCCUGAGGGUGCGGGCCGAUCAAUCUGCGGGCUCACAGCUCUUCGUGCCCAAGUGCGAGAGCGACGGCAGCUUCGUGGUGCGGCAGUGCUCGGGGGGGAACUGCUUCUGUGUGGACAGCAGUGGGGGGAAGCGAGGGGCUGUCACCCUCAGCCAGAGCGAGCACUGUCCCACGGACUGUCAGGCUGCAGCAGCAGAGCAGUUUGUGGUCGCAGUCCGGUCUGUGCUGUGGGCUCCAUCUGCGAAGCCCCGACUUUCUGAUUUCCACAUACCUCAUUGUGACGUGGCUGGUAGUUGGCACCCGGUCCAGUGUGAUGGGCCUCCGGAGUCGGCGUUCACCUUUUACCGGGAGUGGGUCAAUGUCAACGGUGCUGGCAAAGACAUCCCCAUCACCGAGCUCAUCAGUAACAUCAGGGCGUAUGGGGAAAACGCUGUAGCCAUGGCCUCCUUCCAUGGUUUCCUGAAGGAGCUGUUUGCUGCCGGGCACCACAGGGUCUUCGCUGUCCUCUCAAGGUACGCAGAGUUCGGCGACGUCCCUCAGGAGGUUCUGGAAGGGGAUCCGGAGAUGGUAUCCGGGCCGUCGGUCUUCCUGAACCCGCUGAGCCUGUGGCGGCUGCUCCAGAGGAACAUCACCGCCUACCCGGGGCUGCUGUCGGACUUCAGCGAGCCCCUGGGACACUUCGAACUCCGCCGCUGUUGGUGUGUCGGUGAAAACGGAGACGCGAUCGCCGACACCGAAGCCACGCUCAACCAAAUUCCAAAAUGUCUGGGCCCCUGCUCCCAGGUGCACCGUCAGCUCAGCCGCUUUCUGCAGGAGGCAGAGGAUGUGAUUUCGGUCUCCAACGGCUCACACGUGCCCCUAGCUUACAGCUUCCUGCUAGCCAGAGGCCUCAGUCUCACGCCAGAGGAGCUCCAGAACGACCUGCCUGGGGGCCUCAUAUCUGAGCGCUUGUUGAGCUCUGCAGACUCAGCCCUGCACCUCGCUGCCCACUCCACUCUGCGUUUCUCCUGGCGGACUCAUUUCGGUCCCCCAGCUUUGGGGAGAGAGGCCUUCCUGCUGGGAUACCAGCCCCACAGUCCUCAGUGUGACGCCGAUGGCCAAUGGCUGCCCACGCAGUGCUACUACAGCACAGGCCACUGCUGGUGUGUUGACAAGGAUGGCAGCUACAUCGAGGGCUCCCUGACCGGGCGCACUGCACAGUUACCGCAGUGUGGGACCCCAUGCCAGCGAGCUCAGACACGGGCUCUGCUUUCUGGCUGGAUCCCAUCAGUCUCUGAAACUAGUAUCAAACCGCUUCCUUCGCAUGUUCCUUCUUGUCAACAGGAUGGGGGUUUUGCGAUCCUGCAGACGGGAGAGCUGGAUGGCGACGAGGCCUGGUGUGUCAGUCCCGUCACCAGCAGAGCCAUCCAGUCAGCUUCACGCAGCAAAAGCGGGGACCUGCAAUGCCCCGGCUGGUGUGAGAUGCUGAAGCGUCAGGUGACCCGACGCGAAGCGGGGAUUGGCUAUGAGCCAGACUGCCAGGAGGAUGGGCGGCUCUUUACUCCAGUUCAGUGUGACCAGGACGACUGCUGGUGUGUCCAGCCACAGAGUGGCCAGGAGCUUCCUGGCACCAGAGUCACACGUAGCACUGCAAAGGGCCCAGCCUGUCAUGCGCCACAGUGUCCACUUCCAUUUGAGGAUGUGCUCAUUACCCAUGGUGCACUUCUCUGCGAUGAGCCGUUGGAGCUGAAACAGCUGUGCCAUCUGCAGUGCAGUCAGGGCUAUUUUAACACACUUCCUGGCUUCCUGUGUGACAUCGCCACCAAGAAAUGGGUGUCGGAAGCACCACCUUCUCAAGCCUGCCAAAGGCCCCAGGGCUUGCAGCUGGUCCAGGCUGACAUCUCCCUCCGACUGUCCCUGUCUCCAAAGCAGGAGGCCUGCAGUUCCCAGUCCUCUGGACUUCGGAUUGCUCUACUCCAGGCUCUAAGGGCCAAAGGCCUGUGCAGCUUGCAGAUGCCCUCCUCUGGAGUGUGGAGCUCCCUGUCCAUCUGUAAUGCAUCCUCCGUGUCUCUGGAGUGCCUGGACGGCGGGAUCGUCAAGCUCCAGAUCACGCGCUGGGCACGCAUGUCUGACAUCCCCGUGGAAGCUCUGCCUGAUCUACAUGACGUGGAUCUGGCAUUCAGCAGUGGGAGGCUGGCAGAGGGUGUGCCGGAUGUGAUCCGCAGUGCCGCCUUCCGCUCCGUCUUCUUGCCGGACUCCGUCGGGCUCCAGGCCCCAGCUGUGAGCUUCAGCUGCUUGCCGGGGUACCUGCGCGUGGCUGGAGUUGCGGGAUGCGUGCCGUGUCCAGUGGGGACGUUCUUUGCUGGCCAAGUCUGCUCCUCAUGUCCACUGGGUACCUACCAGGACCAGGAAGGACGAGAUUUCUGCAGCAGGUGUCCUGUGGGCACGUCAACUGUGUCAGCGGGGGCGUUUAGAGCAGCACACUGUGUAACUGAGUGUCAGAGGAGCGGCAUGAGCUGCACCAUAAAGGGACAAUUUCAGCCAGUCCAGCGGGAUGCUCAGACCGGCAGCUGGAUCUGUGUCACCCCCAGCGGCGGGCGAAUGCUCUGGACAGCUGCUGAUGACGCCCCAGCUGAGCAAGAGUGUCGAAUGAUGGAGAAAUUUGAAACGGUGCCGAGAUCUCAGCUGAUCCUCGAGGCAGAAGAAGCCGUCGUUCUGAGCUCUAGGAUGACGGACAAAGGCCUCCAGAAGGGCAUCAGAGACUGUGUGGCUGGCUGCUCUGAGGACGAGGCCUGCCAUCACCUGGCGCUUUAUACCGACGGGGAUCAUCAGACCCAUUGCGACAUCUACAGCACCGAUAGUGCUAAUGUCCUGUGUGAAGCUGCUGUCCAGGCAAAUGGGUUCAUGGGAAAUCCAGGCGCUGAUGUGCACCAGAGCCUCCGCUGCUUAUUGAGGCUGAAAGGGGGUGACAAGGACAACCUCGUAGUGCUGAGGAAGAAAGGUCAUGAGUUCACCACCAGGUCCACAAAGACGUUGGAGUGGCUGCCCUUCCGGCAGGUGGGCUCGGGUGCCUACCGCACAGCGGUGUUCCGGACGGCGGGGGCCUCGCUGACGGACGUCCAUCGCUUCUGCCUGGAGGCCUGUAGCAAAGACGCCUGCUGUGAUGGCUUCAUCCUCAACCGCAACGUCUUCAAUGGGGGCACCAUCAUGUGCAGCCUGCUCAGUCACCCGGACGUGUUCAUGUGCAGCGACGCGGACUGGGACGCAGAUGGGCCGGCGGAUGGCAGGGAGCCUUGCGGGUCAAAGGUCAAGUACAGUAAAGAGUUCACCUUCAGUCUGGGAGGGCAAAACUUCACCGUCACUGAUGCAGCCUUACCAGCGACUGGCGAAAGCAAAGCGGAUUACCAAGCGUCAGUCACUGUCUUCCAGCGCGUUUAUUUCUGGAACGAGUCGGACCUGGCCACCCGUCCGAAGACGCCUCCUGCCUGCCCCAGUGUCGCCCCUCCGCAUCUCCCACAGGUCCCAGUAUCAGAUGCUGUUGAGGACGUGUUUUCCGCUGUUGACAGCGGAGCCGUCCGUGUGGAUUCUAGCCAGGAUGUCCCACGGCUGCUCUAUCGGAUCUUCAAGCACCAAUACUCAGCGCGCCAAGCAGAGAUUUGGUGUCUCAAAAGGUGUGAGGAGGUGGCGCUCUGUCACCUGGCCGACGUCCGGGACGACAGGCCGCUCUAUUUCACCUGCUCUCUGUACCCCGACACCCGAGUCUGCGGCGCUUAUGACCAGCCGCUGCGACGGGCCUGCAGCCUUGUGCUGCCCCAGGCCCCCCAACUGGCCUACAGCAAGAAAGUUGCUGCAACUGGAAACAUGAAGAACUUCUAUAGCCGUGUGCCGUUCAGAAAGAUGGUGUCGUACUCUGUGCGGAGCCGUGCCAGUUUGGCCUCCAAGCCCAUACCCGAGGGGUUUGCUGAGUGUGAGCAGCGCUGUGAUCGGGAUCCCUGCUGUAGAGGAAUCGGAUACAUCAGAGACUCCGCGUCUUCUGGUGUGGACGCGCUGUGUCUGACCCUGAACAGCCUGGGGGUGCAGACAUGCGGGGAAGGGGGGCGGAGCAGCUGGCGUGUCAUGGACUGCUCUGAUUCCAAAGCGGACACCGGCGUCUUCCCCUUCGGCUGGUAUGAGAAGCCAGUUAACCAGUGGACAAGAAGUCCCCAGCUCUGUCCCCCUUUCCAGCUCCCUGCACCUUUACGGAAUGUGAAUAUCAGCGAAUGGAGACUUCUAGACAUGAGCUCAGUGCUGGUUGACCCGUCCGUCUCCAUGUAUGACGUCAUUCAUCUCAGCAAGGACAUCGCUGGUGAGCGGGAGCCAUCCAGGGACUGGUGUCUCUCAGCCUGCCUGAUGGACGAGGCCUGCUCUCUGGUGGCCGUGGACACGCGGGAAUCCGCGCUGCGCUGUGUGCUCUACCCCGACACCCACGCCUGUGCCCCAGCUGGGGGGUCCCGCGGCUGCCGUCUCGUCGUCAAAGAGCCGGCACUCCAUUUCUAUCUCAGGCUGGGCAUGCAGCCGUCUCUGGAGUCUGUUUUCAUCCCUGGUCACGGACACCUCCUUGGCGGAUCGCAAGUGACUCGCCUAAGCUCGGAAAGCAAGCGCGUCCUGCAUUUCCUCGGCGUGCCGUACGCGCAUGCUCCCAUCGCCGGCCUCCGAUUCCGUGCCCCGCAGCCCGCCGACUGGACGGGAAGCUGGAACGCCACCUAUCCCCGCCCCAGCUGUCUGCAGCCAGGACUCGGGGACUCCGCUCGGUUCAGCGAGGACUGUCUGUACCUGAACAUCUUCGUCCCCGUCAGCAUCAAAGCGAACGCCUCCGUCCUGGUCUUCUUCCACAACCCUGCCACUAAUGUCGGCUCCGAAGGCCCGCCGUAUCUGGAUGGCUCUUUCCUUGCCGCCGUUGGCGACGUUAUCGUGGUGACGGCCAGCUUCAGGACUGCAGUGUUUGGAUUCCUCACUGCAGGUUCCACAGACGCCCUUGGGAACUACGGCCUGCAGGACCAGGCUGCCGUUCUGAAAUGGGUCCAGAGGAACAUCGCUCAUUUCGGAGGUGACCCCGGCAGCGUGACCCUGGGGGCAGAGGGCAGUGGGGCAGACGUGGCCAGCUUGCACCUCGUCACUGCCGGCUCCCCAGGUCUCUUUCACCGGGCCCUGCUCAUGGGCGGCUCAGCCUUCUCCCCAGCCUCCCCCAUCAGCCGACCCCGAGCCGGGCAGCAGGCGGCCAGCCUGGCCCAGGAGCUGGGCUGCUCCCACUCUGACGCGGCCCAGAUGGUGUCCUGCCUGAGAAGGCUGUCAGCCCAGGCCCUCAACGCAGCCCAGACCAAGUUGCUGGCUGUCAGUGGUCCUCUCAGAGCUUGGGCCCCAGUGCUUGAUGGGAUAUCUGUAAAGGAAAGCCCCUCCUCGGCUCUCCAGAACGGCCGCUUUCUCCCUGUGGACCUCAUGGUGGGGUCUUCAGCGGACGACGGGCUGAUCAGGAGAGCCAGAAACAUCAAGAAAUUUGAAGAACUGCAAGGUAGAACAAGCAGCAAGACGGUCUUCUAUCAAGCUCUGUCAGAUUCCCUCGGGGGGGAUGACGCCAACGCAUUCGUCAAAGAAGCAGCGACGUGGUUCUACUCCAUGCAGCAUGACCCCUCCCCAGCUGGCUACAACGUCUUCUCACGGGCCUUAGAAAACGCCACGAGAGAUCUGUUCAUCAUCUGCCCUGCGGUGAAGAUGGCCAGCUUCUGGGCGGCCCACACAAGGUCUAACGUCUUCAUGUACCACCUGCCUGAGAAGGCAGACCAGACCAGUGCUGAUUUGUCAUUGCCAUUGGAUAUCCAGUUUCUGUUUGGACUCCCGCAUCACCCACAGACAAAGGAGAUCUUCACCGCUGAGGAAAGGCAGCUUUCCCUCCAAACUAUGAACUACGUGGCCAACUUUAUCAAGUCUGGAAAUCCCAACAUCCCACAUUCCAUCUCGAGGGUGUCCUUUGGUGAUGUCCUACCCCCAUGGCCUAAAUUCAUGCCCCAUGCUAACGGGAACAACUACAAAGAAUUGUAUGCACCCCUCAGAACCCGAAUAGGCUUGAGGAGAAAGGAGUGCUCCUUCUGGCAUGACUAUGUACCAGCCCUGACCACCUCCACAGAGAAACUCUUACGUGGCGUCCCUGAGGAGGCGUCUGCCUCAACAGCAAAGCCAAGCUUCAAUUCAUUCCAGACCUCAGCAGGUCCAAGGAAGCCCAAGUCUGAAAAGGAUGCUUAUAGUUAAACAAUCAGCACAUCUUCACUUUAACUUUUCUGGAAAUUAAAACGUUCUCUCAACUUUGUCCUGUUAAUAGCCCUUUAAUAAAAUCAUAACU